UAUUGUCAUGUUUAUUCAAUCCUAAUGUUUUGGUGUUAUUAGUGGCAUAACUUCAAUAUUAAAUACCCAACAGACUAAAUAUAUCAAGAGGGUAGAAUUUUGAAAUUUUGAAAUGAGUAUAGCAAACGAUAGGCUUUCUGAAGUAGAUACCCUUUUCCAUUCAGGGGUCGAGAUGGUUCGGUACGACGAUCCCGUGAUGGUAGUGAAGGACCCGGAGUCGUGUGAGUCUGUGACAGAUGUGACACAACGUCGCAAGCCGCCGAGGAAUCCCUAUAACGUUCACCCGAUGGCCGAUACGACGGGUACUCUACACGACGUGCUGAACUGUAUCCGGCCGCCGAGGGAGUGGGAGGACAAGGGGGUGCUGUGGAGGCAGUACGUCUCCAGGGAUGUGGUGGUGCGAGAAGACGUCCCGAGACUGGGAGAGACACUGGAAACUGCGCUGAGGGAACAUAUGGCGCGUGAGAGACCAAUAUGUGUCAAACGAUUCCAACUGAUAGACGAAUACUUCAGUGAGAUAAUCCGCCAGGUGACGGUAGACUGUGUGGAGCGCGGCUUGCUCUUCCUCCGAGUCCGAGAGUACAUAAAAGAGGUGUUGUCAUAUUACCGUGGGAUCUACGAGAGCAGUUUGGCGUUCAGCUCGGACAAAGUAGACAAGGCUCUGGCAUACAAGUGUGACAAGAGAAAUCUCGUGGUGGAGCUGAAGAGUGAGAUUGAGAAGCUGGACAGACAAGUUGUGGAUCUCAAACUCCAGGUAGAUCUGCUGGAACUUAAUGAGGAGGAACUUGCUAAGAAUAGACAAAAGAAACACAACAAGAAAGUUCAAGCUAUCGAGACGAGUAACAAUGAAUUAAGGUUGCUGAUGUCUGGAAUGAUAGUUCCGUCAUCAAAAAAGAAAUCACUGUUUUAACAUACAUUAUAUUUUAUUUAUUUAUGCUCAUUGUUUUAAGAAAUUCAAUAAUAUACUGAAAGUAGUAAAGUAGUAUAUUCUUGUAAAUUAUACAAUAUAAGGCAUUGUUUAAUUGCUAAAUUCGCUUUGUACUCUCUUAAAUAAUUUAAUUAAAAGGUAUAAAACUAA